AUGAAUGAGUCAGGGCACCCAGAGAGGGUUCCAGAAGGUGGGACCGGGAGCACGAGGGGACCGACGCACCAUGGCCCUGGGCACCCGCUCUGCAAGGACCCCGCCCCAUCUGAGACUCACCCCUCUGUCGCACAGGACGGGGACAAGUUUUGGCGGAUGCCCGAGUGCUACAUCCGCGGCAGCACCAUCAAGUACCUGCGCAUCCCCGAUGAGAUCAUCGACAUGGUCAAGGAGGAGGUGGUGGCCAAGGGCCGGGGCCGCGGCGGCCUGCAGCAGCAGAAGCAGCAGAAGGGCCGAGGCAUGGGGGGUGCUGGGCGAGGUGUGUUUGGUGGCCGGGGCCGAGGUGGAAUCCCAGGCACAGGCAGAGGUCAGCCGGAAAAGAAGCCGGGCAGACAGGCGGGCAAACAGUGAGCUGCCCCUCCGUCCCCAAGAGACUGAGCCGCCACUGAGCAUCUGCUACCACUCCCUGAGGCUGUGUUUCUACUCUCCAGGUCACAAGUGUGUUCAGAACAAAAAAGAGGCAGGUGUUGGGGAAGAGCCCCCCUCCCCGCCUGUCAUUUUGUGAUCCUUUUUACAUAAAGUGCCCCCCCCCCUUUUUUUUUAAGCCAGCAGUUCUACAGUUGGAUAUGUUAUUCAGUGUUUUUGGUUUUCUGAAGUCUCCAAGCUGACUUGAUUCCUGGAAGAUUCUGUGUUUAAUGUGUCUUUAAAGCCCUCGCUCUUGUUUUAAGGGCGGGCACUUUCCAAACAGGCUUGUUUUGCAUUUUGAGUUGGAUUCUCAUGUGGUGAACAGACCGGAGGUUUUUAUUUUAAGCUGUUUGCACUGAGAUUGACAGCCUUGGGAGUUUCCUGAAACACGGACCUCAGGAUUGCCUUUUGAAAACAAAUACGUAUGAACGUAUGCCACAGAAGCUGUUCCUGGGAUGUUGCUGGGCCCUGCCCCUUUGCCUCCUCUCUCCCUGUUUGUGUUACAAGAAUAAAAACAAAUACAACUACAAA